AUGUCGUCCAGUCUCAAAAAUGAGCUAUCUUCCUCGGAUUUCGAGGUUGAUUCCAAUGAGUUGCAGUCUCACUCUCGCAUUCGAAAGCUCCAUGCCAUUCACAAUUUCCGGAUUGGCUUGACUGCUCUAGCACUGGUUGCUGGCAUCACCAUCUUGGGUCUUUCCGCAGACACCUUGUCUGUAUACAAUGGCACACAUUUGCCUGACAAUUUUAUGUUGCCUCUGUGGCCAGAGAGUUUUGACCUCAGGCCCACGACGUCUCUAGUUGCUGGCAGUGCCAUUGUCACAGCUAUGAAUGCGGUUUCUCUGCUUGCCAGCAAGACUCAGUUUGUUCGCGGUCGGCUCAUUGCUCAUUCAUCAGUCAGCCUCGUGGUGCCGGUGAUUGCUUUCAUUGCCUCCCUCGUUGCAAUGGCAUUCUUCUACGCCAUCAACGCCUCCACAACAGUUGACACUUUCCAGAGUUGGACCUGUCGCUGGAAAAGCGUGCCGAUGAGCACCCGUCCCUACUUUGGCACUUUAUGCAAGGAGAGCCAGGCUGCUUUAGCCUUGGCUGUAUUUCUGGUGCCUCUGGAGCUGAUCAUCUUGGUCACAGCUUGCUUCCAGGUUCUUUUGGAGAAGAAGGCCGGGGCUAUUGGACGCAGAAAUGGCAGUCCAGCUCUCUCUUAA